AGAUCGCGGGGUUUCGCGCGAACGUGUGUUCUAAAUGCGCAGCCAAGAUGCAAAUGCACACUCAGCCAGAGAUCCUUGGUGAGCCCAAGCAAACAUUCCCACAUUGUCCUCCAUCUCCCUCUUCUUCCUCUUCUCUCAACAUGCUCGUCGUCCUUCCGCACGCUUAAAGGACCACGAUUCAAAAGCACGAUGUCUUCUCCGCACGAUCACAAAAUCGAACAGAGGAUUUUCAUUUUGCUUCAUUUGCUUUGCUCUGGCGUUCAUGUAACGGCAACAACACACAUUCACGCACUCGCUCGUUGAUUAAUGUUGAAUAUUUUUUACGAAAAACCCCACCCCUUUUUGCUAAGUUUAUAUUUUUCACGCCGACUUCUUUUUUUUUGUAAAUUAUUUUUUCAACAUCCGGACGUGGCGUGCGGAUUGUGCGGAUUUUAAACAAAAACCUAUUUAUUUAUUGCAAACAAUGACCCAAAUCCCGCUCCCACUAAUCCUGCUUCCUUCUAAUUCCACGCGAAGAAACUGUAAAACCGAGGUGUGAAAGGGUGUAGCAACACACUUGCUCGCAUGAAAGGAGGAUGCGCAUUCAUUGCGAAACGUGAUCUUCGAGACAAACACACCACGAGUAGAGAGUCUAGUGUAUCGUUGUGCUGCGUGUGUAAUACGUACAGGUCAUGAAAGAGGCAGGGCAAGGAUAAGAGGAAAGGCUCCCUCCCUCUUCAGUGCACGCACGCACCACCUAGCGAGAAGUGGCUGGACAGAUAAGAGAACAUGGAUUAUGGAUGCACAGAGACACACGGAUACAUCAUUUGUCGUAAUUCUCGUUCGUUUCAUUGCGAUAUAGCCCAGCAGCAGGAGGGGGAGUAGCUUAUUGUAUAUGUUUUUCAGUAGAGAUUAAUUUUGCUAAUUUAUAAUUUAGUGCUUAAGAGACAGAGAUAGAGAAGGAGGUAUUGCUGCACGCUUGGAGAGCGAAUUCUGUAGUGGAAGUACACCCCAUUCAUGCCCUGUCCCUGUCAAUGACACCACCACUUCUUGUGCAAUCGAGCGUGUUUUAGUCACCAGCACCAUCCUCCGAGACGUGCGAGACGAAUGUUCUUAGAACAAUAUCCUACAUCCUACGUAGAGGGAAAACAUCUCAUUUCUCUCGCACAAGCAACAUGGACCCACUAUCCUCUGUGCAGUUCCAUGCAAAUACAGCGAAGGGCGGGCGGCAGGGGGCAGUGCAAAAAAAAAAGAAUGAACGCAGCGCAAUUAAGAUGCAAAAGCAAAAAUACGAAGAGAAAGUAAAAGAAAACGUAAUAGCGCCUUAAAAAUUUCCAUUAUUGAUUA